AUGGCUCGAUACUCCCUGCAGACACCUCAUGACGCUGGAGCCGUGCCCCAUGCCGCAGACCCGGAAGUCCUUACUGAGGUUGAGGAGGAAAAGUGUCCCGAACCGAAGGAGGCACACAUCAAAACCAGCGAUCGGGAGGAAUUGAUUCAGUGCAUCAAACGUGGUCAACGACCAACAUGGGUUCCUAAGCCGGGGUUACAGGCACUCUGCGCGGACUCUAGGACUGAAGGAGAUGGAUCUCGUUCCAGCGUUGCUCAACCUGGUGAAUUGAUUGAUCUCGAACCGUCCGAAGACGCUGCGCCGCAGCAUGCAGGGAGUCCCCCGAUAGGCGAGGAACAUGACUGGUGUGGCACAGAUGCUCUGCGUCGGUCUCUAUCUGCAUUGCAUACGGGCGACUUUCACCAACAUUCCGAGCGCAGGUCGGGUGAUAUGCAGACGCCUGCGCGGCGCUCACUGCAGUCUGCCUACAGCAUCUCUCCCCCUUCAUGGCUGUUCGAGUCUCCGAGAGUGGGACUUGGGUUGACAACGACGAGUCCUCCGUCGGACACGUUGAAGCGAACAAGGGCACCUUCAUUAGGAGGCAGUCUAUCGUCCAGCUUUGUCAUGAGAGUCCCGACGAGCCCGCUUGUUCACGCCAUCAAUAACACUUCUUUGGAUGUCUCGCCUACGAACUCACAAUCGGCUGACGCCAGAGUGCCCAGCAUGGCGAGAAGUAGGACAAUGCCUCCCAAUGAUUUCGAGGCAUUGCAGAUGUCACCGAUCGAUGAUAUUCAUGCAAAGCCCAAUGGCGCCUCUCCACCUGCCCACCGCGAGGGGCUUGCGGCGUUUCAGGGUCACAGAACCCGUCGUUCGUUGACUUCGUUCACAUACCAGCCUGCAGCUAGUCCGCAAUCCGUGUUUUCCUCCAAUUCGCGUCGGCCGUCUCUUGCUUCAGACGCUUCCCCACGGCAGCGAGCUUCCAUGGUGGGCUCGUUUGAAGAAUCUAUUUUGCGAGGGAGGAUGUCUACUCCGCCAUCCAAACCGCUUGACUUCGUUGCACAAAUCGGCGUUGUUGGAAAAGGAGACUGUCCAGCAAGUCUCAGAUGUCCAGCCCACGUCACGGUACCCUUUCCCGCGGUUUUCUACAACUAUCCAUCUGCAACAACAUCCCGGUCCAUAUCGGAUGACAAUCCGAGCCCCUAUGUUGGCGUUAUCGACCUCGAACACAAUUUACAACCUCCGCAGCCACCUUCGCGCCGCACCCGUCGCUCACGAAGUAGCCUUGACCCAAAUACAUCAUUAGAUGAGAUCGACAAUCCCACAAACACGCCGGUAGGUCGAGCCCUCACGCGAGAGGCCCCUGAGAGAAAUGAAAAGAUACCCAUGCCUGUUAAGGUGCCUCCUGGAGGAGCGUAUCGAGUACCGCAGAAAGGGCAGCUUCAAAUCAUCAUCAAAAACCCCAAUAAGACAGCGGUGAAGUUAUUUCUCAUCCCUUACGACCUUGAGGGAAUGUCUCCCGGUACGAAGACCUUUGUGAGACAACGAAGCUUCUCAUCGGGGCCUAUCCUGGAAGCUACGAUGCCUGAACAACAAGCCAAUCUUGCUGCACGCGACCCGCUCAGCAAGAAAGACAUUCUCCGAUAUCUGAUACAUCUCAAAUUUUGUUCUACGGCGAAAGGCCGAUUCUACCUCUACGACAAUAUUCGCGUUGUAUUUGCCAAUCGAGUGCCGGACGGCAAAGAGAGGCUGCGGAAUGAAGUGCAGUUGCCAGAUCCUAGAUUCAGUCCCUACAGACAAUCGACCGAGGCCAGCUCACGUAGCCCAAGCCUUGCGGACGGCGGGUAUUCUCCUCAGGGGCACGUUGGCAUCUCACCCGAUUUCGGGAACCUUGAGAACAGCCUAACCGCCGGCGCCAGCCAGCAUCAGAGCAGCAGGCCAGGGCAUUCAGCAUCCCUUCCAUUUCACCUCCCACCAAGGCCCGUCCCACAGUAUCUGAGCGGCCAGAACCCUGCAGUCUGGACAGAAGAAGUGACUAUGACGGACGCUGCGCGCGAUGUGUCUCCAGUGUCGGGGUUUCUGCCUUCGACAUCUUCGAGAAGUUCACCGAUACCCCUACCGCAGUCCAAUGAACCUUCGAUCCUGCGAGGGUUCUCUCCUGCACCAGUGGAGGCCGGGGACGGACUGAUAUCUCGCAAGCUCAGGGAGUUACUCAACAACGCCGGCUCUGAGCAGAAUAAUUGA